AUGGCCGCUCCCGCCAAUCUCAACUCCGAGAAGCCCAACUCCAACCCAAGCUCCGAUGGAAGCGACCUGGACGCACUAUGGCACAAUCUCGACUGGGCUAUCGGGCAGAUGCUGAUUAUGGGCUGGGAUGGCACCGAAGUUACCCCUCAAAUUAAAAGCCUCAUCGAAGAUCACCAUCUUGGGUCAAUUAUUCUCACAGCUAAGAAUUUGAAAUGUUGGCCUAGUCCCGCUGCACAAGAGACCGCCAAACUUGUCCAGGAAUUGCAGACCAUAGCCAAAAACGCUGGGCAUCCUCAACCGCUUCUCAUCGCCGUGGAUCAGGAAAAUGGGGGUGUCAAUAGUCUUUUUGAUGAAGACUAUGUCUGUCAAUUUCCAAGCGCCAUGGGCAUUGCCGCCACUGGACGCGUCGCGUUGGCCUAUGAAAUCUCCAAGGCCACGGCCACUGAAAUCUCAGCCUGUGGCGUCAAUCUCAUGCUUGGUCCCGUCUUAGACGUUCUAAGCAAUGCGAGGUACCAGCCUCUCGGCGUACGUUCCACAGGAGACGAUCCCCAGGAAGCCUCUCAGUAUGGCCUUGCCGCAUUGAAUGGCGUUCGCGACGCCGGUAUUGCUGCCGCUGGGAAGCAUUUCCCUUCCUAUGGUAAUUUGGACUUUCAAGGCUCCAAUACCUCUGUUCCCGUUAUUACCCAAACAUUAGAAGAGCUGAGCCUUAGCGCUCUGGUUCCGUUUCGAAAUGCGAUUGCAACCGGCAAGCUGGAUGCCAUGUUUGUUGGCGGUUGUGGUAUUUCAAAUCCAUCGAUGAACGUUGGUCAUGCCUGUCUCUCCGACCAAGUUGUUGACGAUUUGCUUCGUAACGAGCUGGGCUUCAAAGGUGUUGCUAUUUCCGAAUGUCUGGAAAUGGAGGCGCUCGGUCAUGAUUUGGGCGUCCGGAACGGUGUCAUCAUGGCUGUCGAAGCUGGCUGUGAUCUUCUCUUGCUCUGUCGUGCAUAUGACGUCCAACUUGAGGCAAUCAAAGGUCUAAGGCUGGGUUACGAAGAUGGCAUCAUCACCAAAGAUCGCAUCUUCACAUCCAUCAGACGAAUUCUACACCUCAAGUCCACUUGUACGUCUUGGGCAACGGCUCUCAACCCUCCAGGCAUCUCGCUUCUCUCUCAGCUGCACCCAUCCCACCUAUCGUUAUCUCGUCGAGCCUACGACGAGUCCAUCACCGUUAUUCGAGAUAAAGAGAAACUGCUACCUUUGUCAAAUUCUAUGCAUCCCGGAGAAGAGCUUUUAUUGCUUACUCCCUUGGUCAAACCCUUACCUGCCUCGGCCAUGACCAAGAGCUUGCUGGAGUCCAAGAAGAAUUGGUCGCAGGUUCCUACACAACACGAUUCGUGGGCACACAGAGACCGCGAACGGAGUGCGAUAAUGAGCGGCGAAGGGGUGUUUCGUGAGUUCGGAAAGAACCUCGCAAGAUAUCGCAACGAAAAAUUGCUUCACACCAGUUAUACAGCAAAUGGCGUAAGACCAGUUCAUGAAAACCUCAUUGCUAGGGCGUCUUGCAUCAUCAUCGUCACGGCUGAUGCCAACCGCAACAUGUACCAGGCAGGUUUUACGAAGCACGUGGAUAUGAUGUGCUCGAUGCAUCGCAGCAGGGGAAACAAGAAACAGUUGAUUGUAGUCGCAGUAAGCUCUCCUUACGACUUCGCCAUGGACAAAUCGAUUGGCACCUACAUUUGCACGUUUGACUUUACGGAAGAUGCAAUGUCCGCUCUGGUCCGUGUUCUCGUCGGCGAGAUUACUCCCAUUGGCACCAUGCCCGGGACUCUUCGAAAGAGCAAAAAGGUUCUCAAGUCUAGACAACACUGGCUUGUCGAAGAAUAUGACCGAGCUCGCGAUUACGACGGGUUGGAGGAUUUGCUAAAGGCCGUUCACAGAGCCAGUGCGCCCGACCUUCAUUUCCUCAAAUCCACGAGAGCCGAGUCCGUGCAACUACAUCUCCCUAACCUCAAGGAGACUCAUUUUGUGGUGAGGAACAGUAGUACAGGCGCUCUUUAUGGUUUUGUUGCCACUUACUUCAUUGCGGGCGUCGGUAUUAUUGGCGCCCUGCUCGUCGAUCCGAGCAAGCGGAACGUUUCUAUUGGGCGAUCUCUUCAUCGACGAGCACUGAAGAGCCUCUGCCAGCUGCGAAGUCUGAAGAAAAUUCAAGUCGGAACGUCUUUUCCCGGCGUGUUUCUGGGGAUCCCUUUGGAUCCCGGAGUGAACACCGUCAAGGAGUGGUUCAGCAACAGCGGAUGGGACACGCAGUUUCCUCGGCGUUUGACGAAUAUGAUUAUUAACGAUCUGGCAAACUGGGCCGCCCCCGAGGGACUACUUCAAAGUAUUCAGAGGGCCAAUAUCAGCUUUGAUUUGAUUCAUGGCCUGGAAAACGCAGAGAGUGUGCUGCAUCACGUUUGUGCGAAUGCUAACCCAGAGGUCCUCGAGCUCUAUACGUUUGCCCUCUCGGAGAACAAAGCAUGUGGCAUUGUCAGAGCCAAGGAUCCGUCCGGCAAUCUGAUUGGGACAGUCAUCAUUUGCCGACAAGGCAGUCCUCUGGUGACAUAUAUUCCACCUCUGUUUUCUGAGCGCGGGGAUAUUGGCGGCAUAAUUGCCCCAAUUGUAGCGCCGACGCCGCAGACAAAUCUCGUGCUGCAGGGUUUAGCUCUCAUGGGUGUUCGCCAAAGCAAGGGCCACAAAGCCUCCAAGGCGGUUUUGAGCUGGGUCGUGGACGAUGCGUUUGAGCCGCUCCUGGCGAUGGGGUUUGAAGUCCUCCAGGCGUUUGAAGAGAUUACAAACUCUCCGGAUGUACCUGGCGCCAACAACCUUGUCGAUACCAUCAUUCUCGGGCGGCCGAAGUCUCGAAAAUCUGGCAAGCCGCCCAACAUGGCAACACAGCAGAUCCUGUUUGCCGAGACGAUAGCCGGCAUGAAAAAGGCCUUCAAGAGGAAGGCAUACGGGUUCUGCGGCAGAGUCAGACUCCGACUCCGAGAUCGACAGCUGUACCAAUCGCGGCCACAAGCUUCAAAAGAGAGCGAGAUUUGCACACAAGGGACAAUUGGCGCCGGCUGCCGGCCCAAGUGCAUACAAAGAGGCAUGCAUUUCCCUGUCGCCCUCGCCCUCGCGGCCGUCGACUACGCCGGCGUUCGACGAAACAUCCUGUAUCGCAACCCACCUCUGGUUGACGAUGAAGGCUACGAGAUCGUGAGCGACGACGACGACGACCGAGUAGAAGAAGCUGAAUUGGCCGCCGCCGAGUGUAACCCAUACUUCAACAUUCGCCUAAAUCAUAUUCUAGCUCCCCUCACGGCGUCGACCGAAUUACAACACCACCCGACACUCUCCAAAGCCUUCACUUCAAAGACUCUCCAUGAGCUUGUCAAUCAAAGCUGCACACUUUUGCGGAAGGAGAAUGGAUCAUUAUGGAAAGUAAGGCACUUAUGGACUUCCCUCUGUGGUGACGGCGUUUGGAUGCCCUGCGAAACGAUGAUUGGGCCGAAUGACAUCGAUUUUUAUUCAGACGAUCACGUGGCCCGUUUCCAACAAAGCUUGCCAAACUGCGGCGGCUCGGCAAGAUCCCCGGUUGCAGUGGUGAAUGGAACUCCAAACCCCGAUAAUACCAAGAGCUCGAUGUACGGGCGCCAGGAACACUUGGAUGGCUCCGCUGCAGAUGCCGACGCGUCUAUGAUGGAUGCAAGCGCCCGCAGCGAAGAAGCAAAAGGCACGGAUAACGAAGCUGCAAUGAAGAGUGAAGCGGCCGGGGCGAAAGUGGACGGGUGUUCAAAUGAGGCAGAGGGUAAACAUGAAACUGCUCAUACAAAUGGCAACGGCGAGGCCCAUAGCAAGCAAAAUGGAAAGGACGGAGUUGUGACAAGCGAUGCACAUAAGGAGCAGUCUGGAGGUGCAUUCUCGUCAGAAUCGAAACCACCUUGCUUCAUCCACCCAAUAUUUCUUCCGCCACCAGGUGCCAAACCUGAUAGAAACAUGGGUAUUCCAGAAAAUGAAGCGGAAGAUAUCAGACGGCUACUGGCACUUUACGUGCAGAAACAGGAAGAGGUGGCCAGAGGGGCGGCGAGGCUACACCAGGGUCUGCUGCGGGCAGAAAGAUUGCGCAGCAAUGUACUUGGCUGGUCCAAAGCGGAAGCACAUUGUGGGCCGAAUCGGGACAUGUCUGACGGCGAAGAUUGGUACGACAAAGAGGAAUGGGGCCUGGCGGAAGAUCUCAAGAAGGGGCAGGAUGAGGAAGAGGAAGAUGCGACGACGUCGGGCAAGAAGACAAGAAACCGUCGAGCUUAG